CUCCGCAUUUGUAGGGAAAGAGAGAGUGUUCUCUCUGCCAGAGAGUUGGCCUCCAGGCGCGAAAAUCCGAGGAGCAGUUGUUCCACUGGCUCCCUGUCCCCUGUGUCUCCUCGUCUCUCUUCUGGCUGCGGCCGUUUUUCUCGCGCUAGCUGUCUCUGGCCGCAGCCCCACAAAGGCUAAAAUCACACAGAUUUGCCGGUUCGCCGCGGAGAGACACACCUUCGUCUACCUUCCGGAGUCCUCACAAGUUUGUCGAUUUCUUUCUCUCGGCUUCUGCUUCCCUCACUCUCUCGUCUGUCCCUGGAGAGAGCGACGGCGCUGGUCGGCCGAUCAGAGGGCACAGUCUCUUCUUUUUUCUCAUCCGUUUUCGUGACGUUCUUCCGCGUUUCUGCCGGAUCCUCUUUCCUUUCGACUGCUCUCCCCAUGCGUCUGGCGAAGAUUCGACCUCCCUGCCUCGACGGCGGGGCUGCAGGAGCGCGAGCGGUCUCCCUCUCGCGCUGCUCUUCCUCACGCAGAUUCUCUUCUUAUUCUCUUUCGGACUCCUUUCCUCAGCUCUCUGUUGUGCCUGCGGCCUCAACUCGUCCGCAGCAUUCUCGCCUUCUCACCUUGCCUCUGUCAGCCUCGCAGUCGUUGCCUUCCUCUCCUUUCCAGCCGACGCGUUUUCUCCCUUCUCUCCCCUCGUCUCUCGCUUCUUCUCUCCCCUCUUCUCCCGCUUCUUCUCUCCCCUCGUCUCUCGCUUCUUCUCUCUCGUUCUCUCCUGCUGCCUCCAUUUGUCGCGUGUCUCGACGCUCGCUUCGACUCUCUUCUUCGCGUUCCUUUUCCCAGUCUUUCUCCUCUCCCCGUUCUGCUUCGUUUUCGGUGUCUUCUGCGUUCGAGGAAAGUGAGGUGGAAAGAGCGUCCAGUCGCUUUGAGGAAUCUUUCGAGGAGGCGGAAGUUGGACGAGACGAGUAUGGCGCCUUCUCCGACUCUCCGUCAUCGUUUGUCUUUCGCGUAAAACCUGGAACCACUGGAAAAAGCGAGAGCGCCAACAGGAAACUCAGGCGCGCAGCGAGUUACUUCCUUCCAGCAGAGUCGCCAGGCUCUCUCGCUUCCUCUCCCGCCUCGAGGGGCGCGGGCCGAGACGCGCCGCUGUCGCUGCGGAAGCGGCGCGUCUCCCGUUUCUCGCUUGCAGACUUGAAAGUCGAGCAGGGACCGUACCAAAAGUCUCUCUGGGAGGAGCUGAAGGAGAAGGAAGAGGCGAGACAAUCGAACAAAGAAAUCCGGAGGGCGCGCGAAGCGGCGCGAAUCCUAGGACUCGGCGCCUCUGCGGCCCUCGCGAGGGACAGGGCCGGAGACGGUGCGAGAGGUCCCGGCCGCUCUCUUCAGGCGCAAGACGUAGGAGAACGGAGCCAGCGAGAAGGCGAGGGCGCUUUGCGGCGAAGAGAGAAGGACGAAAAGAGGCUCCGAUACAGAGGCAUCCGAGAAGAUGAGGGAGGGCGAGGCGAGGUCGGCGGCGGUUGCGAGGAAUCUGUCGACGCGAAUUUCUCCCAGGAACAUGUGAAACUUCUCAGAAACGAAGAAGAAGAACGCCGCCUCUUGAUCGCCAUGAAGGAAGACGAAAAAGCGGCUGCGAACGCAUGCAGAGGAGACGCCAAGGACCAGAUGCAGUGGCUAGCUGCCCUCGAAGAACGCGACGGAGUAGGCGGCGGAAUCCAGGCCCUCGAAGAGGCGAGGCGAGGAGGAGAAGAAGAGAGAGAAGAGAGAGACGAGAGGGACGAGGCAGAGACGAUGUCGGAGAGAGAAGAAGUGCGAUCGGUGGGGAGAAGACGGCAACGGAGACGAGGGAGCAAGGCAAGAGACGAGACAGGAGACAGUGGCGGGGUCAAUCUCGCCAGUGGGAGGACCUCUAUGUCGGAAGCGCAGCCCAGGGAGACGCAUGUCGAGGAGCUCUCGAAAAAAGACUCGCCUUCGUCACUCGAAAAAGAUGUCAGGAUCUUCAGCGAUUUCUCGGCUUCUCUCCCUUCAUCUUCUUCUUCCUCUCCUUCGUGCUCUCUUUCUUCUGCUCCUCUUCGUCGGGAGCAGGCACGACGGGAGCGAGAGGACAUCGACGCGUUCAGUCCGGAGCGGAUGGUGGAGGAAAUGACAAAGAUGAAGAAGGAAGUGUGGACCGAGUUGUCGCCGCAGCAGCUGCAGACGCAGUUGGCGGUUGUGCGCGCGCGUUCUGUCGGUCAGAUCCUCAUGGCUGUCGAGAGCGCCUCUCAACAAACCCCCGAGCCUUCUGUCUCAGUCCCCGCCGGCGAUGAAACCAUGUUAAUUGACGACCUUUCCUCCCCCUCUGGCUCUCCGGUCUCCCCCUCGACGUUGUCUCCGUCACAGUCUGCUGCGCCGGCGCUGCCUGUCGCGUUUUCGGCUGCUUUGGCGCCGGCGCCUGGGUCCGCUCUCGCGUCUUGUGGGGCGUCUGCCUCCUCGGAGAACCUUCUUUCGAUUCACCCAGUGACGCUCGCCACGGCGUUCCAUAAGUUGGGCCGACUGGCGAGUCCGGCACAGGUAGUGUCUGUGAAGAAGGACGAGCGCUUUCUCGCGCUCUGCGAGGCGACGGCAGCGGCGCUCCCGCGCGUCUCCGUCGGCGGGAAGUGUCUCCUUUUGUGGGGUUUGGUGCGCCUCGAGCACGCGCCCCGGUGGCUCCCGCAGCUCCUCAGGCUUUGUGCCGCGGCGGUGCCGCACAUGAGCGUCAAGCAACUCGCCUGUUCGCUCUUUUGCGUGAGCAAACUCGCGUUUCCGGUCCGCGAAGGCGUUGCUCUCCAAGCCGCCCUCGUCGAGGCUCUGAAGCAAGGGCCGUACUUGAGCCUCUGUCUCCCGCCUCCAACGCUGUCUUCCGACUCCCUCGGCUCGAUCGCAUCAUCCACCCUCGAGGCGACUGGAAGCUCUUCUUCUGCAAGUCUAGAUUCGUCUUCGGUUCCCGCGUCUGCUUCGAGUUUAACGCCUUCUUCGACUGCGGCGUCUUCUUCUUCGGGUGUGGAUCCGUUCCACGGCGGCGAGGAAGGCUUCGCUUCCCGGGUGGCUUGUCCGGGGACGCUUGCGUGCAUUUGCGGCUCGCUGGCCCGCCUGCGUGUGAAGGACCAGGCGCUGUUUGUGCAGCUGGGGAACGCCGUCAGGCGCGUGGUGCCUGCCAUGUCGGGGGGGGAACUUGCGCUCGUCGGCUGGGCGUACGGGACUGUCGGUUUCGUAGACAGAGGCCUUUUCCAGGAUCUGAAGCGCGAGCUGGAGACGCGGAUCGACGGCUGCGCGGCCCGCGAGAUCGUCACUCUCGCAUGGGCGUUUGCGCGAGCGGGAGAAACAGAUCAAGACUUCUUUCGCCUCACUCUCGCACCCGCCAUUCGCGCCUUCGUCGGAGACCUGCGCGCCAAAGACCUCGCCCUCCUCGCCUGGGCCUACGGCGAAGUCGGUGUGGUGGACGAGGAUUUCUUCGCGGACUUGCACUACGCGAUGCUGCCCAAGGUGAAGCACUUCACGCCGCACGACAUCAUGUUGGUGGUGCCGACGUUUGCGCAGCUCGGCUUCGGGAGCCGCGAGUUGCUGCGGUCUCUUCAGAAGCAGACGACGAAGUUGCUCCCGACCUUUUCGCCUCUGCAGCUCUCGCGCACAGUCUACGGCUUUGGCUUGGCCGCGACGCUCGUCGCAGACGCGCGAUUCUUCGGCGAGUGCGCCGACCUCGUUCAGAGGCGCCUCCACACCUUCUAUCCCCAGAAUAUAGUCCAUCUGCUUGUGGGGCUGUCGGAAGCCGAGUACCUGUCUCACCCUGUGGUGCCGGAACUCCUGGAGCGUAGCGCGAAGGUGACGCCCGAGCUGUUUGCUGAAGACUGCGUCCAGCUCCUCUACGUUCUCGCGAAGCUUCCUGCAGAUCGCCGAAGCCCCGCCGCACUCACGCCGCUUUUGCUCCAGCAGCUGAAAAACAAAGUCCGCGUCUUCUGGUCUCUGGACUGCGCCGCAGUCUGCGACCUUCUCGAGGCCGUGCAUACACUCGGCGUCGCCGACGAGCAGCUGCUCCACAUGACCAUGCGACGUCUGAGUCACUUGAUUGAGGACGCAUCUGUGCGGGAGUUCCUCAGGACUCUCGGCUGUCUGGCCUCGCUCUCUGCGGCGAACCGCCUCCUCCUCAGAACCCACAUCCACCGGAGACAAAAAGUCCAGAAGGCGAUCAGUGGGAAGCUUGCGGUGCUCGCCCGUCAGAGCGAACAAGGAGACGCUCUGCACCAAGAGGGAGCAGGCCGAAAGGCUGGUCAAGUCACAGACAUACAGGCCAGAAUCGUCAUCUUGCAUGCUUGCGCGAAACUCGGAUUCCACGACGAAAAUGUCGCAAGAAUAUUGGACGACGUUCAUCACGCUGUUGCAGUUGAAGGUCGUCUUCUCUCUCUGUCUGCUUUCUGUCACCUCCUGUGGGCCUUAGCAGAGACGAACGCGAAAAUCGGCUGGACACGGGCGAUGCUGCGGUACGCUCUGCACCGUCGCUACAGCGGAGCCUCUGAGUCUCUGCUUCAGAUGGUGGACGAGCGAGAAGCGUACGCGAGGAGUCACGGUCUGGAGAGCUACGUGGGCGGAGAACUGUUGCCCUUGCGGGAGGCCGAGUGCGAGAGGGUCGAGGACUCGACAGAGGCAGCCGAGCGAGCCCAAGAAACAGAAAGAAGAGACAACGAAAUCGGCCAAGCUCUCUUGAAACUCGCAUUCGCCGCUGUCGUCUUGGGAGAAGAAGAGUUCCUCGUUCCGCUCCUCGAGGAAGCCGUCGAACGCUUGCGUGGAGGCCUGCCCGACGAAAUUCUGCAUGCGCAGCAAGUUUGUCUACAUCUUCGGGAGUUUGCGAUGCCGCCACCUCGCCUCUCCCCCGCCCUCGCCGAGUGGACUGAAACUGUUCUCUCCACUCCGCGCUACGACGUUUUCUUCGAGUCCCCCCAGAAGUUCAGACUCUUCGACCGAAGACUCAGAGUCCGCGAUUUCAACUACGACAAGUGGAUCGCAGAUCCCUUGAUCGAGAUGCGCAUUCCACACAAGAGCACUUUCGUCGUUUCCAACAUCUACCGCGUCAGUGCAGCUUUCCCUCUGGAGAAGCAUCUCAUCGACGUCUUGACUUUCCAGGAUCUCCUCUGUCCCUCGAAUUGUCCUGCUGGGACAGCUGAACUGCGCCAGCGCCAGCUUUCGCUGCUGGGCUGGACGGUGCAUUCUGUGCAUUUGCGUUCUCUCUACAACGCGCUCGCCCAUCACAACCUUCGCUACUUGGUCGCGAGCAUUGCUUCGAGCUUCAGUGAGGAGGCGAGGCAGUGGGUCACUUUUCGUGGAGGACCUGCGCUGGAAGGAGAGAGACAGGAAGAACGGGACCAAGAAAGAAGACACUCUUGGCACCCUCCGACAGAGGCGGCGCAACAGACCGAGCAACACCGCGCCGAGGCAUGUGGGCGCCACACCGAAUCGGAGUCAGAAGUUUUUGAACUAGUUGACGACGAGGCAUGCAGCGGCUCGUGCAGUGGUCUGCGGGAUCCGUGGGGAGGAGUGAAGCCUUUGGGCGGGCAUUCCGCGGUCGCGAAGGGAAUGAGGAAAACAAUGAGUCGCGGCGAAGUGAAGAAUUUGGACAAUCGAAAUAAAGACGAUUCUCUGCAGCAUGCAUCAGCAGCGAACAAGGACGCGACUGACGCGCUAGAAGAAGCCUAUCGACAUGUCGUAUCUAAAGCAUAGGGACGAAGCGCGAAUUGAAUCCACGAGCUUUUCAAAGACAAACCUUCUGCUUGCAUGCGCGGUUUUGGGAUUGGAAAGACUGGGAGAGUCUGGGUGGAACUCCGGGAUGCGUGGCGCCGAAAUCUGCAGUUUCGACGCGAUUCGAUGUGUGUUUCUCGUGUGAGCGAAAUUGUGAGGCGUAUGUGGAGAAACUUUGGUCUGUCCUGUGGGAAGCAGUGGUGCAAUGACGUGCAUACACUGGAAAAAGAAACCAGAAAGAGAACG